AUGCCCAAGUCCAAGCGCGCCAAAGUCUUCAACCUCACCCAGGUGGACAAGAAGACGCGGGAGCAAAAAGACAAGCUCUUCCAGAACAUCCGCGAUGCCGUGGCCGAUUACCAGCACUGCUUCGUCUUCAGCGUCGACAACAUGCGCAAUAGUUACCUCAAGGAUGUGCGCCACGAGCUCUCCGACUGCCGCCUCUUCUUCGGCAAGACCAAGCUCAUGGCCAAGGCGCUCGGUCAGAGCCCUUCGGAAGCGGUCGCUCCGGGCAUCGAAGAUCUGACGCAAUACCUAUCCGGCACCGUCGGCCUCAUCCUCUCAAACCGGCCAGCACAAGAGAUCAUCGACUACUUUGGCAACCUGGCCAAGGUUGACUUUGCACGGGCGGGUGUCACGGCAAGCAGAAAGUUUGCCAUCCCGUCCGGCGUCGUCUACGCUACGGCCGGCGAGGUGCCUGUUGAGUACGAUGUCCCUCUCGAGCAUAGCAUCGAGCCCGAGCUUCGGAGACUGGGCGUCCCGACUCGAAUGGUCAAGGGAAAGGUCGUACUGGGCGACGAAAGUGGCGAGGGCGAACCGUACAUUGUAUGCAAGGAAGGCGAUGUUCUAGACUCACGGCAGACGAGACUUCUCAAACUAUUUGGAGUUUGCCUCAGCGAGUUUCGAGUCAAGAUCUUGGCUCACUGGAGUGCGGCCACGAACGAGGUGACGGAAGUAAAUCCUGAGGCGAUGGAUGGUGUUGUCGCAGAAUGA